AGCGCGGGCGGGCAUUCGGCGUGCCGGCUGGAGCCGGAAGCGGUGGCAGGUCAGGGGUGCGUCUACCCUACCCUACCCGUGUCGGUCUGUGUGCUUCGGCCGAGGUCCCCGCGGGCUGGAGAGCCCAGCGAGGUGACGCUCAGGGACGGCAAGGGGGACGGACGGCCUUUGGUGAGGGGACGAUCCGGAGUUCAACUUUCAGAAGAGAGACGCCCCAGCAGGUCUGUUUCGAGGAUCCCUUCAGCUGCUCACCUCAUGGGCCAGACGGCCCUUGCAAGGGGCAGCAGCAGCACCCCCACCUCCCAGGCUCUGUACUCUGACUUCUCCCCUCCCGAGGGCUUGGAGGAGCUCCUGUCUGCACCCCCUCCUGACCUAGGGGCCCAACGGUGCCACGGCUGGAAUCCCAAGGAUUGUUCCGAGAACAUCGAUGUCAAGGAAGGGGGGUUGUGCUUCGAGCGGCGCCCUGUGGCCCAAAGCACCGAUGGGGUCCGGGGAAAGAAGGGUUACUCGAGGGGCCUGCAUGCCUGGGAGAUAAGCUGGCCCCUGGAGCAGAGGGGCACACACGCCGUGGUGGGCGUGGCCACUGCCCUCGCCCCGCUGCAGGUUGACCACUAUGCGGCGCUUUUGGGCAGCAACGGCGAGUCGUGGGGCUGGGAUAUUGGGCGGGGCAAAUUGUAUCAUCAGAGUAAGGGCCUGGAGGCCCCCCAGUACCCAGCCGGACCUCGGGGUGAGCAGCUAGUGGUGCCAGAGAGACUGUUGGUGGUUCUCGACAUGGAGGAGGGGACUCUGGGCUACUCUAUUGGGGGCACGUACCUGGGACCAGCCUUCCGUGGACUGAAGGGCAGGACCCUCUAUCCCUCUGUAAGCGCUGUUUGGGGCCAGUGCCAGGUCCGCAUCCGCUACAUGGGCGAGAGAAGAGGUGAGACCUGGCCUAGGUGUGGGGAGAGAAUUGCCACUCUUGGCAAUGGUUUGGGAUGUAAACUCAUGCUUGGGCCACAGGAAGGGGGCUUUAAGUCACUUUGGCUUGUCACUUGGAUAACUAGCUUCACUCCCAGGCCUUACUGGCUGUGUGGUGUGGAAAUUCAGAGCCUUAGAUCUCCUCAGGUGCAGGCAGAACUGAAGGAAUAAGGAGCCUAGCGGGACCUUAGAGUUUGAGGAUGUCUGACUGCAACUGCAUCUCUACUGACCUUGCUUUCCUUCUCUCAGCCGAGGAACCACAAUCCCUUCUGCACCUGAGCCGCCUAUGUGUGCGCCAUGUGCUGGGGGAUACCCGGCUUGGCCAAAUCUCCACCCUGCCUUUGCCCCCUGCCAUGAAGCGCUACCUGCUCUACAAAUGACCCU